GUUCGCGGCGCGCUGGCACCAACAUUCGCUGGCUGAGCUGAGUCAGUGCAGGGAGCACGGACAGACGGACACACCACCGGGGCUGCAGCCACCCAGGGACACCUGCGGGGUGAGCACCAGCUGCGGAGCAUCCUGUCCCCUCCGUGCCAGCCAUGUCCCUGGUGGUGAAGGAGAAGAACCACGUCCGGUUGGUUUUCCUGGGGGCUGCCGGCGUGGGCAAGACCUCGCUGAUCCGGCGCUUCCUGCUGGACACCUUCGAGCCCAAGCACCGGCGCACGGUGGAGGAGCUGCACAGCAAGGAGUACGAGGUGUGCGGGGCCACGGUCACCGUGGAGAUCCUGGACACCAGCGGCAGCUACUCCUUCCCGGCCAUGAGGAAGCUCUCCAUCCAGAACAGCGACGCCUUCGCCCUGGUCUACGCCGUGGAUGACGCCGAGUCCUUCGAGAGCGUCAAGAGCCUGCGGGAGGAGAUCCUGGAGGUGAAGGAGGACAAGUUCCCUCCCAUCGUGGUGGUGGGCAACAAGGCGGAGAGCGGCGGCGAGCGGCGCGUGCCGGUGGAGGACGCGCUGUCGCUGGUGGAGCUGGACUGGAACAGCCGCUUCGUGGAGGCCUCGGCCAAGGACAACGAGAACGUCCUGGAGGUGUUCAGGGAGCUGCUGCAGCAGGCCAACCUGCCCAGCAGGCUCAGCCCCGCGCUCUGCAAGAGGAGGGAGACGCUGCCCAAGGAGCAGGCGCUCAGGCCGCCCAUGAACAAGACCAACAGCUGCUCCGUGUGCUGAGCGCGGCUGGAAACUCAGGUGGGCCGGGUGGGAGAGGCACUGCCCCGGCCAAAACCCCCCCUGCUGCCUCCCACCCCUUCCCUCCUCUUCCUCACCCAGCCCAGAGGAGCGGAGAGGGUGGGAGGUGACCCGAAGGUGGGGUGCUGGAUGGGUGUGGGGAAUUCCCAAAAAAGCAGGAGGCUCACCUGGGGAGCAGCCGUGGGUCAGGCAGGGCGCUGAGGGCAGGCACGGGCAGGGGGGCUCUGGCAGAUGUGGGCACCUGCAGCUGCAUCAGCCCUGCCAGCACCGCUGUGCUGGCACUUGAGUCUGGUGUCACCUCGUCCCCAGCACCUCCAACCUCCUGGCAUGGCUCUGGCACCCACAGCACACCCGAGCAGUCCUCAGUCUGUAGAACAUGUGAUAGGGUGGUCUGUGCAUCAGUU